UUUUGCUUUUGUUUGUCAAAAACCUUUGCGCUCUCUCUCUCUCUCUUUAUUCCCUCUGUCUCUUUCAGAUUUGAGAACUAUUUUACACAAAUGUUGCCCCUUACCUUCUUUGCUUCUCUCUCAAUCUCUAUUCCCUUGUUAACCCUUUUACCUCCUUCCAUGUUUCCCCAUUUUUGAAUCUCUUUCUUUCUUAUAUACUUCCCUUUGCAUCUCUGAAAUUUAGGUAAGUCCAGUCGGCCCCCAAUUCUUUUCUUUCUUUUUUUUCUUUUAAUUUUCUUGGUGUUUCUUUCUCUGUUAUCUCUAAUCUCAAUUGGGUACUACCAUUUCUUUAUUAUCUUGUUUUUCAAUCUUUAGGGUUUUGAAUUUAGCUUCUUGGGUUAGUUGGAUCUCUUCUGUUUGUGGUCUAUACUUUGAUUUAAAUACCUUGUUCGAUUGUUAUUUGGAUUUUUCUGUUUCUGGGUAUACUGAGAUCUUGAUAUUUUUUUGUUGGGUUGGGGGUUCUGUUGUUUUCUAAGUCACUGUUUGAGGGCUGCUUCGAUUUUAUCUCUGUGGGUUGCUUUGGUUUUUACACUGUUGUGUAUCAUUUUUCCAAGUUAGGUCUUGGGAAACUCCAAUUUUCUGUUAUUGAAUUUUUGCCUUUCCUUUCUUUGAUUCUAUCUUGUUUCGAAUCUCAAUUUAAAGGCAAUGUCACAAGGUUAUGCAAUUGAGCUUUACUUCGAUCCCGCUCUGGAAAACCAGGUCUUGAAGGCCUGGAAUGUAUUGGCUCGCCGCCAAAUCAGUACUCAGCUUAUCGAAAUAGAAUCUAGGCCUCACAUUACCCUCUUUUCCAGCCCCUUUAUCGACCCAUCAAAGCUCGAAAACAUAGCAAAAAGUUUGGCUUCGAAGCAAGAACCUUUAGCCAUAUCUUUCUCCUCAAUUGGAAGCCUUCCAAAUGACAACAAUGUUCUCUUUCUUGCCCCGACACCGUCACUGCCCCUUCUUCAAUUUCAUUUGCAAUUGUGUGAUGCUAUGAAAAAGGAAGGCAUCGAAAUUGGGGAGGAGUACCGCCCGGAUUCAUGGAUUCCUUAUUGCCCAGUUGCUGAAGAAGUGCCAAAGAGUCGAAUGGCCGAGGCGUUUACUGUUUUGCGAGACUUGAAGUUGCCAGUUACUGGGUACGCGAUGGAUAUUGGGCUGGUGGAGUUUUCUCCGGUUCGUGAACUCUUCUCAUUUAUGCUUGGCAGCACAAUUGAAGCAUGAGGUUUCAAACCCCAUUCCCUGCUUUUGUGUUAAAUUAUGUUUUGUCUAUGUUUUUCGCUAAUGUAGAAACUAAACAUAGAUCUGUAUCAAUGGUUCAAUUUAGACCAUGCUAAAGAAUUCUGCUUUUACUAUUGAAACAGUACCUGUGCUUAAUUUGGCUAGAGAAUGUUCUGUUUAGAAUGAAUGUAUUUCACUUUUAUUGAAGAAAAAAAUUAGAAAAUUUUGUCUCUGCUUA